AUGGCGACGGCGGCUGGCGGCGCGCGGCGAGCCCUCGCGGGGCUGCGCUCCGCUUCCCCAUCUACUCUGUCCAGAACGUUUUCCAGGCCGGCAGUUGCCCAGUCCCCGGAGCUGGCGGCCUCCGCUCUGCCCCGCGCCCCGCGCCGGCGCCUCGCGAUCUCGAGGGUGCCGGUGGCGGCGCUGGGCGGCGCGCAGGGGCUGAUGCCGCUGCACAGCGCGACGGCAUCGGCGCUGCUCACCUCCAUGCUCGGGCUUAAGCCCGGGUCUUGGGGUUGGCUCUCCGAAGGUUUUGCAACGCCUCUAUAA